AUGCUCUCGACCUCCGACUACCUCGACGAGGAGGAGCUCUGGACGGCCAUGUUCGCCGACGAGUCGCUGCCUGCAUCGCACCCGUCGCCGCCGCAUCUCGCCCAUCGGCUUGCAUCCGACGCAUGCAAGGAUGAAGACCCGUCGCUGUGGCUUCAAGUCAUGCAAGUGGCCGACCUCGGCGCCUCGUCGUCGCCAUUUCCACCGCAUCCAGCAUCGGACUCGAUGUUCACGGGACCACUCACCCUUCCGAUGCAUCCGUCCGGCGGCAGUCUCUCCAAGCCCGCGAUUCGCCACGAUGGCCUCCUCGUCGUCGGCUCGGAGGCGAGUCCGAAUGACUCGUUUGCGACCGAGCACGGGCUCUUCCUCUCCAACUUUCGGUCCCCUGACAAUGGGUUUGUGCCGUUGCGCCACGCGGUCCGUGACCUGCAGUGGGUCGAGCCCCACGCGAUCGUCCUCGCGGUUGGCAAGGACCUCCAAGUACUGCGCGUCGGCACCACCGCCGCCGAGUGCCAUCUCGAAGCACCCAUCACGAUGACGCACUCGAAUCUGAUCCGCGAGCUCGCCGUGUGCCCCGCCCACCCGCGACAGGUUCUCUCGGGCGGCUUUGACGAGACGGUGUGCAUGACGGACCUCGACCGCGCGGACGUUGUCCUCAAAUUUGACGCGCGCGACGUCGUGAGCAGCCUGCGCUGGAUCCCUGACGGCACCGCGCACCGCGUGAGCUGGACGACGGACGGCGGCGCGUUUAGCAUGGCCGACAUUCGCGUCAAGUCGGCGUCGGGGCAGCUCAACGUGGCGUCGCCCUCGCUCUUUCGCUUUGAGGUCACGGGGGGUCUCUACGCCCACGAGUAUGUGUCCGAGCACGACGUGGUCUUGGCGUACGAAAAGGGGCACCUCGCCUUCCUCGACAUUCGCAAACUGCCCGCGCACAACGCCUGCCACCUCAUGGUGCACUCGCCACUCUGCACGGUGGGCGAAGUGCGCAAGUCGCUCUGCGGUGACGUGGCACUGUUUGGUCUCGGCGGCUUUGCGAUCGCCGACCUCUCGCGGGCAUCCUGCUCGACCCGCUGCGCCUUCGAGUUUUACCCCGUGUUCAUGGACCCGACGCGCAAGACAAGCGGGGACUUUGCCAUCGACAACGUCACCUUGCUCGCCGUGAGCGACAGCGCGGGCCUCGUCUCCGUGUACGACAUGCAGACGCUCCGGGGGGUCGACGACACGUUUGCGCUCUGA